GGGAAAGGGGGAGAGAGAGAGAGAGAGAGAGAGAGAGAGAGACGACUUCACUUCCUUUCUUUAACGUCAAAAUGAUAUGAGCUGGACGGAUAUGAUUUUUUUUUUCUGACGCAAGCCUCCAUUAUUAUUUGCACAUUGUCGGUGAAUUGAAUAUCUAAAGUCCGGAGUACCUUGCACGGUGGAAUUACUUGCGACAUUAAAUGGCGCUCCUGGUGCAUCUUGCUUAAAAGAUAUUGUUUUGCUGAGAAUGCACUUUUCUUUCUACUCAAGGCCAAUUAUUGACAUACAGCUAUAAAGUAUUCUACUCGCAAUUAAUAUAUUUUUACUUUGAUCAACAAGAAUUAGAAAUAAAAUUUUGCUAAUUUCAUGUCCUUCUGUAUGUUGAAAUGGUAGCUAAUGUCUAUUAGAAAAAGGGAGAUUUGAGUGGCGAGCCGUAUCAGUGGGUAGACGCCGGAUACUCUCGUGUUACACGUCAUGUAACUGGAUAACCCUGGUGAGUAUAGACGAAUCGAGUAUAGUCAGAGUAUAGGAUGAGAAAACCGCUGCCCUUGCGGAUAUGCAACACCGAAAUUGUAUACUCGCGUGCGUGUAUUCAGUCAUACGCCUAAUAAAAGGUAUAAGACAGAUACAGCAGUAGUAAACAACAAGAAAUGAAGAAAGGAGCGUGCCGAACUAGAAUACUCAUGCGAUGAUCUAGUUUUCAAGACCUUCCGGUCCACUUGAACAUCCUCUUCGUCAUUUAGAAUGACGUCUACAGAAUUUCAAGGUAUAACAAAUAUACAUAACCUAUAAAUAGCUAUGUUAUUAUUCCAUGUAUUUAGGUUGGUUCUUCCAGCUAUCUUAUACAUGAUCAAGAAUGUAAUUGUGAAGGGGAUGAAUGCAGAAGAAAAGAUAACCUAGAAAGUUCAUGAAUUUUAGAACCAUGGAAUGCUACAGGUAGACAAGUGGAUUAGAAAGGGAUAAUCCUGUUAGGAAUUCAGGAAUACGGCUGAAGCAUAGUGCCAUUUUACUCAGGUGUCCCUUUGCAUUCCAGUGUAAUAGCUUAAAGGGAAACCUAUAAUAACGGACGUUUAUCUGUUACUUUAAAUACAUUCCAGGAGUCAGUGUAUCGGUAAAACCAGUAGUAGCUAGGUAUUCGACGAAAGCGGUGAGUCCUUUGUGCGCAUGCGCGUAUCGCCACAGGGUUAAUAGGCAAUUGUAAUAAACCGAAUGAGAAAAAAGAGACGCGUUCUAUUCGCGUUUCUACGAGAUUCUCAGGAUGCCACGGAAUCCGCGGACUUUCUAGACCUUGCUUAUUCGGCGUGCCUACUGAUCCACUUUUUGCCAGCGAGUUACGAAUCACACCCGCUAUUUUCCUUGGUUUCUUACACAACUCUUUGGCUACCUAACCUUCCAAUAGUUAACGCGUCUUACCUAAUAUCGCUGCCCACGUAAAUCAACCUAUUUUCGCUGAGCGGUACUUUGCUUCUUUCGUUUUUCUCUUUCCUUUGCGUUUACACCGACGGACAAAAAAGAGGCAACUGAUUCCAGUGACUGCAGGGGGGGGAGGACAGAAAGAUUUAACGUAAUUACGAAAACAUGAAACGAUUCCAUGAACCGUGAGAUCUGACUUAGAUAUUUAUAUCUUGUAUACAAGGAUUAAUUAAAUCCCCGGAAAUGCAUCGCUCAUUCUCGAUAACAAUCGGAAAGUACAGCAGCACACGUCCCGAUUAUCAUUGCAAGUUAACCUAUAUUCUUCAAGUAGCUCAUAAUACUGAUGAGCGCCAAUCAAAUCCUAAUUAGCAGCAACUAACCAGCGUUAAUAUAUCCAGAGAACAAUAGCAAAGCAGCGUGUACACCGAAUGCCAAAACGGUCUCUCGUUCCUCCCAACGAAGGACACAAAGGAGUUUCCAUCCUAAAAAUGGAAGUGCGAUCAAUGGGUACGCACCUGAAGAAUUUUGUAUACCCUUCAAAAGACGUAUCUCAUGCCCCCGUUGCGAUCAUGGGUCAAACGAGUUGCACCAUCUACCGGUAGACAAGGGUAUUCCUUGCCAAGGGGCAGGAAGUUGCCCUGGAUACCGGUGCAUUGCUGGUACUGGUGCCUGGCAACCGAAAACAACGCCGUUACAGCUGUCAGAGCUGUGUGAGAACAGAUGUGUUUUUUAAAUGUCGUUCCAGACAGUACACUGGGGUUACAUCCGGGAUAUCUCUUGUGGGUUAUUUCGCAAAAUCAUGAAAGCUGGUGGAACAUCAACAACAUAUUCUGACUUCUUCCUCGUCCAUUAGCAUUCCAUUUCUAAUAAAUCAUCAGAAGUUUCAGCUCCAAAACCACGAAUAAUAACGCUUUGAAACAGGUAGCAGAUACCGCCUAUCAGGAUGGCCUUCAGGCAACAACCCGUCCAGGACGAGCUGGAGCUGGAGAUGAUGGCGGAGGCAGAAUUGUCCAGACUAAAAAGACAAUAUCGAAUAAUGGAGAAUGAUCGUAUGGCAUACGCAGAGGACUCACGACUCCAGCUAAGAAAUCAGCAGAAUAUGAUAGACCGUCUUGAGAAAGAAAAGGCUGAAUUAGUAAUAGCAAUAAAAACUGCGAAAUCCGAAUCGAACCUAAGAAAAGACGCGGCGAUGGAUGAGAAACUGAAGUGUCUUCUAGAAAAGCGAAGCAAGUACUUAGAAACGAUAAAGAACGAGCGUCAGCAGAUCACGGAAUUGGAGGAACAAAUAAUAAAGGUGUCGAAGGAAGUGACGUCACUUAAGAUGAAGAUACAGACCGACGCACAAUCUAAAGAAGUUAUCAUAAAGCAAAAUAAGAUGGUCUUCAUUCUGGAGAACAGGCUGGAAGUUGCCACGAAACGUUUUAACGUGAUGGUGGCGGAUAACGCAAAGCUGCGAGACGAGAUCGACAGUCUGCUCAAGGAAAGAGCACAGUUCAAUGUUCUCUGGAUGAAACUGAUUGGCCAAUUGAAUACCGGGAAGCAAGUGAUCAAUGAUCUAAUCGAACAAGCUACUGUUACCUUCAAUCAGCGGGACGAGGAACUGAACAAGAUUCACGCAUUACGAGAAAGGGGUGCAAGAGACCUCAAAAGUCAUACGUCGGAAAUGUGCGAGCUUCAACGAACUUUAGAUAAUGAGAUGAAACUCCAGGAAUUCCUUGGAGUUAAAGGACAGUUCCGGCAGAUGGGUGAUCUCAAUGCUAAGCAGGAAGCUGAAAAGUUGGCGAAGCGCGAGGAGAUGCAAAAUAAGAUUGCUUCCUACACCCAGAUACUCACUUUGAUUAAACAGUUCACAGGUGAAGAGGAAAUAGACAAGCUAGCUGCUCACUUUGUCAAGCAGGAGGAAGAGAAUUUUGCUUUAUUUAGCUAUGUAAACGAAUUGAACGACGAGUUAGACGGUUUACAAUCCAGGGUAGCGCAAUUGCGUUCUGCCAUAGAAGAUGCACGUGCCCUGAAUGUUCACCGGGGUCAGCAGCAAGCUGAAACGCUGGAAAAGAUCUCUAAAGAACUUCAAGAGCAGACAGAACGUGCUAAUGCAGCUGAGGAAAAUCUUGCUGAGUGCAACAGUGUAAUCGAUAAACUGUUACGUGGAAUUGAUUCUCUCUUUCGUACAAUUCGGUGUGACAAUUCUGCAAUACUUGAUUUACUUGGUGACAAUUCCCACGUAACUAUGAACAACGUGAUGCUGUAUCUGGGUAUUAUUGAAAAACGAAUAACGGACAUGUUCAAUAAAGUUCAUUGGGUCGACAAAGUUGGAAAGACACAGAUACGUUUAGAUGAGAACAAAAAGCCUAAACUGAAAGUUCCUGUAUUAUCUAAUAUAGUUCCUACUCAGCCCUGUUCCUUAUGCGUCGAAAAGGAAGAGAUGCAAAAUGUAUCCGAGGGUCUAGAUGCUCCAUUAACUCGUACAGAAGCUACUGAAAAACUCACCCAGAGAUUUGACGAUGACUACUCAGAACUUCUUCAUAACGUUUCCGGUUGUCAUUUGCCAGCGGCGAGAAAGAUCAUGCAGAGACGUUACCAGUAACUGAAUAAAGAAAGUACUGCAUUAAAUUUUCCCGUGGACAAUUGAUCCUGAGGAUGAAUACACUCAUUCCGGUUCUUUUCCGUUGACGGCAAGAGUAAGCAGUAAUAUCAGUACGUCCCACAUCCUGUGGAUGAUGGGCGAAGAAUACAAAGCGAACCAGUUUCAGGAGCAUGCAAUGCCAAAGAUGUAAGAAAAGUGCAUUUAUGUGUAGAAAUCCUAUGAGCUUUCUCGUGCGAGUCUUGAGGUAUGAGAAUAAGACAACAAAAUAAUAAAAUCACCUCAAAAAAGACGCUACUCUCUCAGCGAGUAAAGAUACCUUAUCAAUAUGUAUAAUAUCAUGUAUAGUCACAAGAAAUAAAUCAUGUUGCAUA